AUGCCAAUCUAUCGCAAAAACAAACGCCCAAAGCCUACCAGCUACGAGGUGUUGAAUAAUAAUGUGGACUACGGUACACGGCGCAUUGACCAGUUGCCACGACCGUACAGCUGCCAGGUAACACCCUACCGGGAGCUAGACUUUAGUGAGCGUACAAAGCGAGCAGCACAAGCAGUAGUGCCAUUUCUGCUACCAGCGUGUAAGGCUAUCUUUAUCGGGGAUGUGUCGAUCGGGAAGACAUCGCUCGUGAAUCGGUUCUGCAAUGAAUCGUUCGACGGCGACUAUACGGCUACAAUUGGGCUAGAUUUUGAGGUGGAGCGGUUUCAGAUAUUAAACCAAUCGUACAGCUUGCAAAUAUGGGAUACGGCAGGCCACGAACGAUUCAAAUGUAUCGCCCAGUCGUACUACCGGAAUGCCAGCGUCGUAGUGGUAGUAUUCGACAUGACACGCCCAGAAACACUACUCAACGGGAAGCGAUGGCUUGAUGAGGCAUUACGAUUGAACCAAGGACCAGUGCUCAAGUUUCUCGUUGGAACUAAAAAGGAUCUUUUGAGCAAUCAGGCACUCUGUGAUAUUGAGCUAGAGGCGAUCAAAAUGGCGUACGACAUCAAUGCCGAAUACUGGCCUGUUUCGGCACGGACCGGGGAAAAUGUUACCAAAUUUUUCCGCCGAAUGACGGCACUGGCCUUCGAUUACGGUGUGCAGCGGGCGAUGGAAACGAACGCCUCUCUAUUACAGCCAAACGGCAACAGUCUUUUGAAUCUAUACUUUCUGCGAAAGGAAAAGAAGGAGAAAAAGUUUCUGAAAUGUUUUAACUGUACAAUAAACUAAUUUAUUAUUCUAUUUUAUAAGCUCAGCAA